UAUAGUACGGUACGAGGAUUAGGAAAACCCGGAUUGGAAAGCUUUUGUAAGAACAAGAUUUAUCGAAAUGCAACUAAAAUCAUCGGGAGAUGCGUUUCUUUUUGGUUUUGCAAUCCAAAUGAUGCUAUAUUUCGCCUCAGGAGAAAAAGUGCUUGCCUCUGUGCCAAAUAUAAACGUCUUGCUCAACGAUGUACUUUUUAUGGAAGUUUUACAGCCAUCGUCCAUCAGAUAUACAUAUAAAAUUAGACCAGCAAAAAACUUUGGAACCUCAUUUCAGAGGAAGUAUAACAGUAUUGAAUUAGCAGUAGCAGAACCAUACCAUGGAUGCACACAUCUGAUGAAUAAACAUUUUGUUGAUGGUAGAAUUGUUCUUAUUCAAAGGGGAGAGUGCUCAUUUGUUACCAAAGCUAUUAAUGCAGAAGAAGCUGGUGCUGUUGCCGUGGUGAUAACAGAUAACAAUAUCAACAAUGAUCAGUCAUUUAUUGAUAUGGUUGAUGACAAUACAGAUCGAGUGGUCAGCAUUCCAGCUACUUUCCUUCUAGGGAAAGACGGGCAUAUGAUUAAAACCAAAUUAGAUGAAUUAGGACAACGCUUCGCUGUGAUAACAAUUCCAAUUAAUGUUACUGGAGCAAAUGUUUAUCAUGUAAACCAACCACCUUGGACAUUGUGGUGAUAGAAACAGUUUAUACUCAAUAUCUCAGACAUCUUGGUGAUGGAUUUUCUCAUAGUAAAUGUAUUGAUGAUAUAGACAAAUGUAUUCCAACAGAAAGGUUUUCCACAAUUUCUCGAUGGUUUGAUGAUGGAUGUUGUCUUAGUAAAUGUUUUGGUGAUGGCUGGUAAGGAGAAUGUAUUCCAGUGGAAAUAUCUUGAACAGUUUGGUAAAUGUUUUGGUGAUGGAUGAUUAGAAGAAUGUAUUCCAGUGAUGAUACUUGUUAUACGCAUGAUGUUAGAGAAUGGUUUGAAAAGAAUGCUUUAAUAGCAUUAAAUAUAUGUUAUAAUUGUCUUUGUUGAUUAAUUAGAAAUCUGAUAUGUAACACUAGCCAGUCAUAAAAACACCAGGGAAGUGUGUGUAUUGGGUAAGGGUGGGUGGGGAUGCAGAGCAAUUAUUUUUUUACUACUGCAAAUAUUUUUAUUUUGUUUUCUGAGAAAUAUGAGGCAGUUUCCUAGAUUUGCCUCAGUUUAUCUAUGCCAUAGCAGUCACCUCAGUUUAUCUAUGCCAUAGCAGUCACCUCAGUUUAUCUAUGCCAUAGCAGUGUUUCGUUGCAGACAUCAUAUUAGUCAUUAGCGAUAAAGUUACAUAUCAUUUGUAAAAUAAAAUUUUUAAGUUUUUGAAAAUGUGCAUCCAUGUUUUUGUAAGUGUGAAGUGCUAUAAAAAAAGAGUAAGAGUUUACUCUUUUCUGUGAUAGAAGAAAAAAAGGCCUCAAGUUCUGCUUGUGAUGAUUUUGUAAAUCUGUAUAGCUGUAAAAAGAAAUACACUUUGUCUUUUAACACUCUAGUAAUGUCAUCUAUUUUUAGCUCUACUAUUAGGAGAAUAGGGGUGCUGUUCUACUUGCCCCGGCGUCAGCGUGUCCUUUCUUGUUUAAAGUUUUUUCGGCAACCUUUUUUUUUCUGUCAUAUCUUUGUUACUAUUGCUUAUAUCCUACUGUAACUUCACAUAAACAUUGUCCAGCAUACAAAUAAAAUAUGUGCAGGGGCUGGGCCUAUUAUACAUAAGGUCAAGGUCACCAGGGUGUUAUACUUAGAUUAUUUUUAAGGUUAAAGUUUCUCGGCAACCUUUGUUUUUCUGUCAUAUCUUUGUUACUAUUGCUUAUAUCUUACCGUAAGUUCAAAUAAACAUUGUCCAGCAUACAAACAAAGUAUGUGCUGGGGCUGAGCCCAUUAAACCCAAGGUCAAGGUGUUAUACUUAUGUUAUUUUAAAGGCAACCUUUGUUUUUCUAUCAUAUCUCUGUUACUAUUGCUUAUAUCUAACUGUAACUUCACAUAAACAUUGUCCAGCAUACAAAGUAUGUGCAGGGGCUGGGCCCAUUAUACUGAAGGUCAAGGUCACCAAGUUGUUAUACUUGGAAUUAUUUUCAUGUGAAAUUUUUUUUCGAAAGCUUCAUUUAUAGACAUAUCUUUGGUACUUUAAAAGAUAAUGACUUGAAAUUAAAAGUAUUUCUUUAUAAUCAUCAUCUGCAUGUGUGGUUACAAUCUCAAUACUCUUAAUUGUAUUUUUGACAGAAUUAUGCCCCUUUCAUACUUAAAGCUUUUUUGGCAAUCUUCGCUUUCUGGUUAUAACUUUAGUACAAUAUAAGAUAAUGAUGUAUCUUUAUCAUCAUCAUCUGCUAUAAUAAUAAAUAAAUAAAUAAAAUAAAAAUAAAUAUACAAAAUAUAAUUUGAGUUUAGCAAAGUCUUUAUACUUUAUGUGCAUGUAGUUUCUUGGACUGUUUUUUCUGAUAUAAUUUAAUUCUAUCAAAAUAAAGAAUGUCAGUGCCCUUCCAUACUUGACCUUUAACCCCUCCGAUUUGUAGGGUCUUUUUAUAUCUUGGUGUAUCUUCCUUUUAAAGUAGAGGUCUUUUACUGAGACAUAAAUUCAUUUUACUGUCAAAUCACCAAAUAGUGGAGCACGCUGUCUUAUGGAGAGCCAUUGUUAUGAUUAUCAACUUGGUCAGUGUUCAAUAUUUUUUUUACAUAUUGUCCAACCAUUAUCAAAGUUACUGAGUUAUUUUUACUUUACUUUGAUCAAGAUACUUAAUCCGUUUGAGCAUCUUAUAGCUCUUGGAUUGUUCAAUUUUAAGUUUUCUUUGUGAUUGCUCUAUAAACAUAUAUUCAAAUUUUCAUUUCUGUGUUUCACAUUUAUUUGUUGGCAGUUUGUUUGUGGUAGAACAUUGUAAACUUAACUUCAUUCUUUGGUUGUAUACUUGUAUUGAUCCAGAUGAUGUGUCCUAUCUUUAGAAUUUAUACACAUUCUUUAUUUACUAUGCCUCUGUUUGAUGGACAGGCAUAUUUUGUUUUGCACAUGUUAGAUGGUUUGUCAGUUGACGAUUUCUUAUAAGUAAUUGGAAAUUGUUUCGACUAUUUCACUAUAUCCAUCAUAUUGUAUUGCCUGUGAAAAUCUUCUGUGUGUGUGGGGGGGGGGGGUUCAAUAUAAUAAUUUUGAAACCGGAAAUAAUUUCAAAUGAGCACUUUUGUAGGUAUUUAACAUCAUCGGAUGAUUGCCUAUGUUCUUUAAGUAACCCCUUUUGAUUUAAGGGCCAGUGUGUGGAAGGACAAUGACCCACAUACAGGAAACUUUAUUAGGUGUUACUUGUUUAUGAGGGCUAAGAACAAAGUGCUCUGGUGAGCUGAUGUGAUCGCUCACUAGUCAUUGUCCAUCCGUCCGUCGAUACUUCUCUCCAGAUGACAUCUCUUCUGAAACUACUGUUCAGAAUUGCAUCAAAUUUGGUCAGUAGCAUCGUGACAUGGUCCUCUAUUAAGUGUAUUCAAAUGUUUUAGCUUGGUACCUUUUAUGGGCCACCAGAGCUAAGAUAGAAAACUUGAAUUGUAGCAUAAUUAUGAAGUUGUUGCAAACAGGGGCACUCUGUCCCUUUUAGAGACCAUUAGAGCUAAAAAUAAAAAUACCUUUAAAUGACUUCUCAUGAUUGAUCUUCAUCAGACUUGAUCUUUAAUAUCAUUAUAAAGUCCUCUCCAGAAUUUAGUCAAAAUAGGGGCACUUGGCCCCUAUUAGAGGCUAUUAGAGAUAAAAAUAGAAAUACCGUUGAAUGACUGCUGAACCAUGUGGUGGAUCUUCAUCAAACUUGGUCUGUAGCAUUAUUUUUAAGGUCCUCUCCCAAUUUUGUUCAAAUUUGGGUGCUAAAUGGCCCAAUUUAGAGGCCACUAGAGCUAAAAAUAGAAAUAUCUUUAAAGGAUCUUCUCAUGAACUGCUUCAUUGGUCUUCAUCAGACUUGGUCUGUAGCAUCCUUGUAAGUUCUGCUUCCAGAUUUAUUGAAAUUGGGGCACUUGGCCUGUUUUAGGGGCCCCAAGAGCUAAAACAAGAAAUACCUUUAAAUGACUUCUUCUCAUGAACAGCUUGCUGGAUCUUCACCAAGCUCUGUCGGUAUUAUUGCAUUAUUCUCAAACUGGUUCAAAUUGGGGCACUCGACCUACUGUUCGGGGCUAUUAGAGCUUGAUAUAGAAAUACCUUUAAACAAAAUUCAGGUGAGCAAUCUAGGGCUAUCAUGGCCUGCAUGUUUAAUUUUGAGGUAAAAUGUCUGGAUUACACUCAUCAUGCACAGAUGCCCACAAUUUCAUUCAUUAACAGUAGGUAAAUAAGCUAUAUAUCUAAUUUUCAUAGAAUAGAAUAAACAUUGUAUUUGGUGUCAGUAUUUUUAUCAAAUUAUGAAUGAACCAUUGAAAUAUCUGUUUUGGAUACAACCCAAAACAACAAAAUGUGAACUAAAUAACCUGCUGGCAAUGAAGGGAAAGAAAUAUGGGUGUCCAACAAUGACUGAUAAUAAAUUCUAAGAAAUAUUGUAUAAUACUUUGGUGUGCAGACAUAAAACUUCACUGGAAGUCUGACCUUGUAAAAUAGAUGAGAAACCUAAUUUACAGGCUAUCUCUUGAAAGAGUUUGGGAUUGGGCAGUGUGUGUUUACGUUUAGCUCUUGUUUUAUUAUACAGAUUCUGCAUAAUAUAUUUAUUAAAUUAUUAUAUCCAGAAAAUUGUUCUAUGCAAAUUGUAUUGCUUGAUGGAUCUGUUGAUUUGAUACAUGAGAAUAAGACAUAAAUGUACAUUAGUGUGUGUGUUUUAAGAUUGUCAGUCUGAUGGUUGUAAUGUAUUGGACAGCUUUUACAAAUGGUCAUUAAAUUUUAUACUUAUUUGUACUCACCAAGUGCUUAAAGGGUCACAAUACUGUCAAUAGCUUUGGUUUUGAGAAUAAAACAUGUUAAUUUCUUGUUA